UUAUAAAUUCUGGGCUUUUUAUUUAUUUAUUUAAAGUAAUGAAGAUCUUAGGAGGGAAAUGCGUGCAGUGUGUGGCAUCGGCCACAUGAUGGCGACACAGUGCUAUAUUACUGCGGCCUGCCUCUGAGGACGCCUGACCCGGCAACAGGUAAGGCACAGCUCUAAACAACACGAUGAAUAAUAGUCAUUUAUUAUUAGUAACAUCUAUUAUAGAAUGACGUGGAAAUUUUAAAUGCUUUCACGUUGUCACCACCUUCCUAAGACUUGGAAUGUUAGGUUAAGAGGUGAUUCCCAGCUCCUGUCCAGGAUAUACCCCGUGAUUUCUUUUGUUAGAUUAGGACUGAAUGCAUGCUGGGUGCAAUGCCAUUGAACAUUAUAGCAGUAAAAGAUCAAAGGACUUUGAUAGGACUCGUUUAUUUUAUGUUAACAUGAUUAGAAUUGAAUGCCAACCCAUUCUUACAGUGAUGCUGAGUAUUCUUUUAAUUCCAAAUAAGGAUCAAGAAACUUGUUUUAAUACUGAUGUCAAAGUAACAUUGUAAGUUCCACACAGGAAACCCACAAAAUGACUCUGUGGUUGUGUUUGUCUCCACCUUUUUCUCCUGUAAAUAGUUUAGGUGCUGCCCAACAUUCUAAUGCAUUUGUAGCAACGCUUGUGGCGUUAGGAAAACAAAUGAUUUAUGAAUGUGAAUGCAUUCAAACCAACAGGGGAGAACUCCAGUAACUUCCUGCUGUGCUUUUGAAUGAUUCCCGGCUCCGUGUGACGUUUUUUAACUGGCCGGAUAUGCAAGCAGUGAAAUGAGUGACAGGAGACCGUCAGACGUGAGAUGCACAGAGCUCUCUGCCUUCCUGUGAAUCUCCUCUUUUGUCUCUCCCUUCCACGCCUCCAGGGGUCGCCUUGGCAACAUGUUUUACUGCUGGCAGCCAGAUAAAUGCAGCCAUGGCGCCUGUAAACUGGGAUAGCCGGACGCAGUAAUGCUCACUGCCAAGGACACAGCAACCCAGCAGGGCUUCGGCUUCGAACAUAAAAGGAGUCCAGCGUGGAUACGAAUCUGCAUGCAGACAAACUCAUGGAAGGACAAAAGCCUCCUGACUGCACAAGCGAGGACAGACUCCUCAUUGCAUUGGCUGAAACUGUUCAGGAGCUUGAAGGUGUCCAAUGCUGCGGAGAUCAUCUCGAUACAGCAAUGGGUGGGAGGAUGGAAGAAGGAGAAGAUGAGAGGGAGGAUGAAAGAAGACGAAGGAGUAAAGAGCAGCAGGAGGGAGACUGCAAAAAGAGAGCUCUGGGAGUGCUGAGGGAAGUCAGUGUUUUUCAUUCAUGCAGACUCAGAGCAUGGAAACAAGCCCUCAGACGAUGUUCCUCCACGCUCAGCAGCUCUCCACCAGGGGGUGGAGCUCAGCAGCAUCCAUCUACGACAGGCAGAGAGGAUACAGGAUGCAGGCCCUGUUCGGGCUCCGUCAGUGACAUUUUCCUGAGUGUUGGAGAGGACGUAGAGAAGAUCAUCGACAAAAUAAGCUCCAUCAUUAUCAAGCUGGAUGCAGCGAUUCAGCAGUUAUCUGUAGAUAAGACCUCGAUCGCGGGUGAAGCGCGUCGAGAAUCCAGAGACACAGACACUUCGGCGCAACCUGAAGACGUUAAGAAUCACCUAAACUCCCCCGAUCGGCUCGAGUCUGACUCAGGUCACGAACGGGUGAUUGAGGACGGAGCUGAUCGAAGGCGUACAGAGACAUCGGCAGACACUGAACAAACACUGGACUCAUUCAGUGGUUCUAAUUGUGACAACGGGGCAGAAUCACAUGUCAAAGGUCAAGCAAGAGACGUUCUGGAGGAAUCUGCUAACUCUGAGACUGCUUUACUAGAGGAGACUGAAAAGGAAGAUGAGAGCGCAAAGAGAAAAAGAAAAUGGAUUACUGUAGGGCUCACUGCUCAGCUGGAGGGCAGCCAUUCUGAUGUACCGGACGCAUGCUUUAUCAGAGCGCCUGCAGGUGCAGCUGAAGUCCUGAGGUGUGAAGUGGCUGAUGCCCUGAGCUGCCUGAUGGUGACUGGCUCAGAGGAGUUGCUUAGCAGAGUGAUCCGGGUCAAAGUUGAACAUGGAGCAGCCUUUAAUUUCCCCCUUACUGUGGUUGUGCCUUUCCAAGCACGCCAUCGCAGCAGCUACAGAGAUGUCGCUGUGAAGAUAAUAGACGAGGACAAGAGGGUCAGCUACAUCGCUCCCAUAACAACAGAGGGCAUGUAUGGAGGACAGAAAGGCUCAUUUGCAGAGGUGAAGGUGUACUCUGUGGGUCUUUUUGCAGUGGUUUCCUGUUUAAAACUAGAAAACUACACCAUUCCCAGGAAGGGGUUGUCACUAAAACUCCCCAUGGACCCCCGAAUUUGUCUGAACUACCUCCCAGGAUCCUUUACUGCACCUGUAAUAGCGCAAACCACGAUCCAGCCACUAGACGCCGUGCUCCUGGCUUCUGUCAAGUCCAGAAAUUACGCCUAUCAUUCGGUGGUGUCUACCAGCCCGCUGCUCUACCUCACCCACCCGACCUCGAGGCCCCUGAGAAGACCGCUCACAGUCACACUUCCAUGUCCCCCAAAUCCUGCAAAAAAGAAAGCAACAAGGGGACAAACAGAGAACCAACAAGACCAACAAAGUCAACCUGUCAGGGAUUCUCCCCCAUGGGAUCAUUCACCUUCCCACAGACUGAGAUUCAUGGACACCUCUGUGAAAUCCAAGGAAAUGUCCAAUGAGUCGCUGGUUGUUCUGGGCUCAAGGGACAAGCAGUGGAGUGUCAUGGAUAAAGUCACCGUCAGGAGCCUGCAGAAGGGACUGGUGUCCUUUGACCUGAUGGAGAACUUUGACAGACUGCUCGUGCUUCGUCUCCUCUCCCCGCUGCGCCCUUGUCACCUCGCCUGCCUGGUCGAGGAGCUGGAGGAGUCGGUCUGCUGCCACGCCGUCACCGUCAUCCUCCUGCGAAGCCGAGACGAGCCUCGCGCCCUCCUGGUGGCCGUUGUGCCCGGCAGAGACCUCAGCUGGGAGCUGCACAGGCUGCGAGCUCAGGGCUACAGCGACCCGGUGGAGACCUCCUCGGAGAUCUCGAUGCGUGAGGCAGAUCAGCUUCUCCUGCGUUUCACCGGCAACAUCACCUGCACAGCCGCUGCUCAAACCAACAAAAAUGAAGCCACGCAUGAGCGCAUCACCUUCCACAGCCAGAGGAAGAAUCACCUCUUAGUGCAUCUGACUGAGGUGGACCUAUUUGGAAACUACAGCUCUCCUCACUACAAGGGCACGGCCAUAUUUUAUAAGGUCACCAGAGGUCAGCUGGAGUGGCGGGAUGACAAAGCUGUCCUGAAGGACACGAAGCUUCUGGGAGAUCCCGUCUGUAAGCUGUCUCUGACUUUACCCAAGAAAGUGAGAAACCUUACUCGGCCCAUUACAGCCCAGGUGAAGUUCUGUGAGGACACAGGUUCCCUCUCAGACUCUCUUCUUCUCUGGCUGUCCGAGGAGCUCUCAGAGGAGGAAACGGCCCUGCUGGCGCUCUCCCUGCGACUCUGCCGCAGCACCGCUCAGCUGGUGACGACCCGAGCCGGGAGCGGCGGCCUCUCUUCCCGUGCCUUCACCAUCCUGGCUAUGUGGAGGAGAGGGCUGCCCGCCAUCCCGAACCAACCCAAGGUCUCUCUGCUCGCUGGCUACUUGGCCAAGAUCGGCAGGCCGGAUCUGGCUAGAGAACUGCUGCUGAGGCAGGCUGCAGCUACCAGGCAGGAGUCACAGAAUUAAGGAGGCCCAGAAAGGAGCGCUCACACUGCCUUUUAAGUGCUGCUUUUAAUAUGAGCCAAGCCACUUGGUCGCAGUGCUGCGUGUGAUCCACACGAGGUCAGCAUCGCACAAGGAGAGUCAGCGCUCUUCUCUGGGCUUGCAACCCCACCUUUUGUUUUUGUUUUGGUAGUUGUCUUAGAUGUAAAGUCUAAUUUCAGACCAUUAUUAUGGUAUUAUAGUAUCAUUUAGCUCUGAAAACUGUGAAAAACUGGGGAGAUUUUAAAAAAUGAACUGCUGUACAGAUGAGCAAAUGUUUUAACCCAGCUGUGAUAUUACUGUUGUGACUCCUUGCAGGGUCCAGACCUCUAAGGUUUGGAGCAUUUAUAUGUGUGUUGUUAUAUUGAUUUAUGACUCACAGUCUUACCUCACAAUGCAGUUUAUAAAGCAGUGAAAGCUGCAAAGUUUGAAUGCAGAUGAGCACAGAGCACAUCUGUGGCGUCCGGAUUAUUUUUCUUAUCAGCUAGACUCGUCGCUGGUUUUCUGUCCGUCUCCAGGUUUUCUCAGUCUUCUUUUUAAACUCUUGGCAGCCCUAAUCUGUGACAGAGCCUUCACUUUCUCACUUCAUUUGGUAGUUUGUCACCACCGCUGGCAGGGAGGUGAUUUAGCGGACCAGUCAGCCGCCUCUCCCCUCUGCGUAAACAAACAACGACACAGAGCUGUGACCUCCUUUCAUCUGCUCCUGACACGAGUCAUCUUUGAGACGUGACCGAGUCAGAUAAUGACUGAGUUGUAAAAGUUGUUUUCUUUGUUAUGAGGAUACUAAAAUAUAUUUCUGUUUGCAGUAUUAGUUGGAUGAAUUCAGGACAGCGUUAUGAAUUUGUGUCCAUUGAAUUUGUGAUAUUAAAACCAAUCCUUUCAUAGUGUGUACUUUCUUAAAUUAAGGAAUUUGAGGAAUUGAGAAAUCAUCCAUUCAUUCAGCAGCUUUUCUACUUUGCAAU